ACGAGAGUCCGAACCACAGCGAGCAGCAGCAGCAGCGGCGUCAACAUCGCGAACAUCAACAACAUCAUCACUACCAUCAACAACAUCGCUACCAACAUCACUAACAACAACAGCAGCGGCGCCAGCAGCGGUGUGAGCGCCAUGGAGCCUGAGGCGUCGCUCAAACUGGAGGACGAGGGACGCCACGUGGGCGUGGAGACCUGGGCUGGCUUGAAGCUGGAGGUCGAAGCGCUGGUUGUCGGAGCGGAUGACUGGAAACCGGAGAUCGGUGAUAUCAGAGUGAAGACCGAACCGGACGAUGUGCCGGUUCUCGGAGCGGGUGACUUGAAGCCGGAGGUCGGCAACAUCAGAGUGAAGAUCGAACCGAACGAUGGCGGGGAGGGUGAGGAGGGAUGCUGGGCCUUCGCUCAGCCCUGCGCACAGCGGCUGGAGGUAGAGGUGAUGAUGGAUGACCCAUUGAAUGGUGCACACGACGUGACGGUCGAGCGUGACGGUGAAGCGAGCGUGGACACGAGGACAUUUGUGGACGUGGAGGUGGUGGUGGAUCACAUCGGCCGCUGCGGAGGUGACGUGAAGGUGAAGCGCGAUGACGGAGAGGCAGACGUGAGCACGAAGGCAAGGAUGGAUAUUGGGGCGCCCGUGGAUGACAACGGCCACGGUCGACCUCCUCCAUCGGCGUGCGAGACGGCGUCAGGCACUCGCGUGGUCUCCGGGAGCGAGCGGAGGCCAGUGCUGCGCCCGUGCUCCGUGGUGCUGCGACUGCUGCGCACCGACGAGGGCCGCCGCCCCGCGCCGCGCCCUCGCGGUGGCGCCGACGACAUCAUGGCCACGCAUGCUUGCGACCGCUGUCCGUACCGCGCGCGGCAGCGCCGGCAGCUCGUGGCGCAUAUUCUUUCCCACACGGGCGAGAAGCCCUUCAAGUGUGCCGCGUGCGGCAAGUCGUUUGCGAGCCUCAACAAUGUCAGGAAGCACCACAACACCGUCCACCUCGACCUGAGACCGUUCAAGUGCCCGCGUUGCGGCAAGUGCUUUACCUCCCGGACGUUCCUGCGGAUGCACAUGCUCAGGCACACGGGGGAGCGGCCUCAUGAGUGCGCGCGCUGCGGCAAGCUGUUCCGGCACAGGUCCUCGCUGGAUGUCCAUAAGCGCACGCACACGGGCGAGAAGCCCUUUGGGUGCGCCCAGUGCGGCAAGAUGUUCUCCCGGCGGCACCACCUCCGCCACCACGAGCUCACCCACACGGGUGAGAAGCCUUGCAAGUGCACAUACUGCGGCCGCACGUUCUCCCACGCACACAACCUCAAGACCCACAUGCGCCUCCACACGGGGGAGAGGCCACAUGCCUGCUCGUUCUGCGCAAAGACGUUUACCGAGACGGGCACCUUGAAGAAGCACCUGCGCGUCCAUACGGGCGAGAAGCCCUUCCGCUGUUCGGAGUGCGGAAAGGCGUUCACGCUGGCGACCAGCCGCAAUGUGCACAUGCGCAAGCACACGGGCGAGAAGCCCUAUGGCUGCCCCGACUGUGGCCUCGCCUUCACCAAGUCCGGCGCAAUGAGGUCCCACCAGAGGAAGAUGCACAACAGGACGGGGGGAGCACCAUGCGUGCGCUUAGUGCGGUAGGAAGUUAACAUGCCUGGGCCACCUCAACAUGCAUGAGCGCAGCCAGGAGCGGAAAAAGAAGUGCUACUGCCCAUGACAGGAGAGCUGAGGUCGCGGUGCAGGGUGGUCGGUUUAGCGCUGCGCUUGGCCAGCUCACAGAGCCGUGGCGCAUCCACGAUCUGUUCACACUAACGUGCGGUCCCCAUUGAUAUCGGCACUUGUGGACGACAUCACCGGUGUUGGCCGUGAGUGGGAAUUUAACUCGGGUCGCCGGGUUCGUAUCGCAGCACGCAAACUGCUACACCACUGCUCCCCCACACUCUGUCACUGACAACACCCUCCCUCCUACCUGCCCCACCAGUCACACCCUCGCUCAAACACGCAGUCGCCGAUUACUACCCCGUGAGUCACCGAACCUCCACGACACUCUACACCCUCACUCAUUUGCCUCCCCCAACAUUCCGUUGUGUCUCUUCCACUUAAUCAGAAUGUCCUUAAACUAGAGGGGAGAAAUCCGAUGAGCUGUAAAGCUCUCUUUCACACAUGUCCAGUAGGGGCACGGGGUCAGAAAGUUACAACAGUACACACAUCAUUGGACCUCCAAUGAUGUAGAUGCUCACCCCGAGCCCUGAUUACUUUGAUAUUGCAUUUGUCUUUGAGCUGUACGCCUUUUGCGUCCUCUGGUCGAGCACCAAUUGGGUCGAGGCUCAAAAGAAAGCCGUCCUUUGGUGUUGACCAAUCAGUUUGAAGGACAAUGCAUAUAUUAUCAGAGUGUGUUUUUUUUGUUUGCAUUUGACUGCAGGUAUUGUGAUUAAUGCAGACAUGAAUCCUUGUAAAAAGGUUUCAGUUUUGUUGCCAGAAAAAAUGGGAAAACCCCUAUUAUAACAGUACACACAAACACGAUAAGAGUGCAAGGUAUAGGAAAGGUAAUCACAUCACUUAAAAAAUAAAUCCUUUUUUUCAGGCAAGGCCCCAUUGAGCUAUUAGAUUUUUUUUUUCAAAAGCGACCUGGCUAUCACAAAUGAUAGCUCAACGAAGUGGCUUAUCAUCAUCGCGUGGACAUUGCAGCAGCAGCCAAAUACAUAUACAUAAUCUAAACGCACGUUUCAUUCUAUAAUGUGAUAACGUUCACCUCCUGUGUGGGACCCUGAAGGUGUUAUUCCCCUACGUGUUACCCCUAAAAGUUAUCCCUCUUGAUACCCAUCACGUUACCAAACCCAGCACCAUACUUCUGGUAAACAAUGGUAAUCCGUAAAAUAGCUUAAAAUGUAAUUCUCAUCAGACCCCAUGGUGUAUGUAUAUACUGUACGUUGAACUUGUUUCGUACCGUACCUAGCCAACCGUGCUAAUCGGAGGUGCGGUAAACAACACUGACCACACUGCUAACACUCACGCUGACAUUGGCAGAUAUAAUUUACGUUACAAUUGUGUUGGACAAAAUUGCCGAGAUGUAUCAUCCGGAGUAUAAGAAUUCCUGUGGCGUCAAAGAAAGGUUAUUUAUCUCUGCUCAAAUGAGCAUCGUGGCAUUGCCGCCCAUUGCCUGUUUAUCGCCUGUUUACAGCCCUGCAAAGCCAGCGGUGGAAAAUCCACAUUCCUAGGGCGGGUGGAUUUGGGGGGGGAUUCUCCUACACAGGAGGACGACCACUGCCGAUGCCUCAAAUUGGUACUCAGAAUCAUAUUUCUACUGGAUUAAUCCGAUGAGCUAUGAAGCUCUUUUUCACAGAUGUCCAGGAGUUCACAUGUUCCCGGAGGGAGGGAUGAUGAUGGGCUGCAUCAACCUUGCAAUCAGCAUUUGUUCAACUUGCAACCCUCCCUAUGCGCGAGCCGCCCCGAGUGAGUCGGUGGACCGGCAGUGCCGGGUCGGUGAGUGGGUGGGUGGC